CGGUCAGAGUCAAAUAAUGUCAUGUUGUGGUAGAUGUUGUCAAAUGUCAAUUGGUAUUUGACAGCCCUGAAAAGUGAAAAAUGGCUGGUGCUUUGGCGAGGAUUGUUCAGGGGACAAAAUCUCACCUAGGUAUCGCGGGACCUCUGGUGAGCAUCAGCAAUGGAUCGGUUCGGUAUCAAAGCCAAGGCAAAACUAAAUUUGGUCCUUUGGCAGACUCAGACAGAAUUUUCACAAACCUUUAUGGACGUCAUGAUUGGCGAUUGAAGGGGGCCUUGGCCCGUGGGGACUGGUAUAUGACAAAAAAUAUACUUGAAAAAGGAACUGACUGGAUCGUUAAUGAGCUUAAAACGUCCGGUCUCCGUGGUCGCGGUGGUGCUGGUUUCCCGACCGGCAUGAAGUGGUCGUUCAUGAACAAGCCGUCAGAUGGUCGGCCGAAGUAUCUCGUAGUUAACGCUGAUGAGGGGGAGCCGGGCACUUGCAAGGACAGGGAGAUCAUGCGUCACGAUCCACAUAAGUUGAUCGAGGGUUGUUUGAUCGCUGGGCGCGCUAUGGGCGCGCAGGCGGCGUAUAUUUACAUCAGAGGCGAGUUCUACAAUGAGGCCAGCAACUUGCAAGUUGCUAUUGCAGAGGCGUACCAAGCAGGCCUGAUCGGCAAGAACGCAUGUAACUCGGGCUACGACUUCGACGUGUUCGUGCACCGUGGUGCCGGAGCUUACAUCUGCGGCGAGGAGACCGCUCUCAUCGAAUCCAUUGAGGGGAAACAGGGCAAGCCACGUCUGAAGCCCCCGUUCCCGGCUGAUGUUGGUCUGUUUGGAUGCCCCACUACGGUGAACAAUGUGGAGACUAUUGCUGUUUCGCCGACAAUCUGCCGUCGCGGCGGUUCCUGGUUCGCGUCAUUCGGCCGGCCACGUAACUCGGGCACCAAGCUGUUCAACAUCUCCGGUCACGUGAACACUCCCUGCACUGUGGAGGAGGAGAUGAGCAUUCCGCUGAAGGAAUUGAUUGAACGACACGCUGGUGGGGUCUGCGGGGGAUGGGAUAAUCUGUUAGCGAUCAUACCGGGAGGCUCGUCUACACCGUUGAUACCUAAAGAUGUAUGCGAGACAGUACUCAUGGACUUCGACGGUCUGGUAGCAGCCCAAACGUCUCUCGGUACAGCGGCCAUCAUAGUGAUGGACAAAUCCACGGACAUUGUGAAGGCGAUCGCUCGUCUCAUCAUGUUCUACAAGCACGAGUCGUGCGGGCAGUGCACGCCUUGCAGGGAGGGAGUUUCGUGGAUGAAUAAGAUUAUAUAUAGAUUCGUCGAUGGCAAUGCUUCACCGAAGGAAAUAGACAUGCUUUGGGAGAUUUCUAAACAAAUUGAAGGACACACAAUUUGCGCCCUCGGAGACGGUGCCGCGUGGCCGGUGCAAGGUCUCAUCAGGCAUUUCAGACCAGAGUUGGAGAGACGCAUGCAAGAGUACCAGAUGACCCACGGGCCGAGCAAAGCCGAACGCCUCUACUAGAUGGCGCUAGUUGUUAAUAUAAAGUAAAGCCAACUCGUACCACUAGAUGGCGCUGAUAUAAAUUACGAAAAAUGAAUAAACAGCCAUCAGCCAUCUUUGAUUUUUUUUUAGUGACUUUAGCAAAUAUUAUCAUGAGAUGAAUCAGUAAAUAAAUAUUUCUAUCAAACCUUGUAUUGGUUUUAUUGAUUUGGCUAAACUUAUAUAAUUCUUUCCGAACACGAGAUAGUGAUUUGUAAUAUAUAAUUGACGGCUUUGUAUAGUGAAAUAUAAUUUACUUGAGAUCCUUAAUGUGAUAUUUAAUAAAGGUCGUUUGAACAAUUUUUA